GACCCAUGUUGAUAAAUCACUGUUAUCUGUAUGAUACAUCACAUCAUUGUACAGAUAGCUGUUACGACUAAGCGCAUCAACAAUGAAUUAUACAAGUGGAAACAGUUUCUAUUAAAUGUCGUGAUUUGCUUUUUAGUUCAGAGGUUGAAAUUAUCAGUUAAUAUUCUGUGAGGUUUGUAAUUUUUGCGUGCCGUGAAGUUCGUGGUUAACCAUGUACUGGACGAUCAGUGUUGUGGCUGUGUGUGUGGUCCUAGUCACGGGUACGCACGCAGCGACCUGUACACAGAAAGAUUUAUGCUCCUGUUCGAUGGACGACGGUUCUGGAGACAUUGAUGUUUCUUCACUUGGUAAGCAGGAUGGAACUGCGAUGUUCCAAGAUAUGGCUAGUUCUGAUGGUACAAUAUACUCCUUGAACUUGUGUUACCCUUUUAAUGAAAUGGCAUGUGCAAAUGCAGCGGCGUGCCAAAUAUUAGCAGACGGGAGCGCUAGUUACCAGAUCGGAGAUGCCACAAAUGUCGGUUUCGAGACGGAUACAUUAAACCAGGUCCACAUCAAGUACACAAAUAUAGACCAGGGUUCUGGCCUCACGAGAACAACAGAUGUAACACUGGUGUGUAAUCCCUCGGCUGAUCCCCCUAUGGCUACUGCAGACGGCGAGACCGCUCCAGGCUCUGUCACAUACCUGUUUACCGUAAAUACAAAAUGCGGGUGUCCAGGGCAAUGUGGCGGUGGACCUGCGCCACCGGAUCCCACAACUACCAAAGGCCCUAAUCCAGGACCUGGUCCAGCGCCAAACACAUCGUCUGAGGGUAUCAGCAUAGGAACUAUACUUGUCAUUGUUGCUUUAGCGCUAGGAUUUUCGUACUUGGUUGGAGGUAUUUUAUUUAUGAAGAUGGUUCGCCACGCCCGCGGGACAGAGGUAGUACCUAACGUCUCGUUCUGGGGAAGUUUACCUGGUCUCGUCAAGGACGGUUUUGUGUUCACGAUAGGGAAGUGUAAACGUGGAGGCUACAGUAAAGUAUGACGCACAUUCUCACCUCUAAUUAACCGGCUAUCUGCGUUAUUUAUACUAACCUCGACUCUGUAUGGAGUGUCUGUGUACUGAUAUACCUCGUGAUCAUGAGGACGCGAUAUCACUCUGUGUAUUCAGACUAUCUAUAAGCCGAUAGCGAACUGACUAUACUGUUGUGUACAUGAACACUGUAUCAUAAUGACAAAAGUUGCUAUUAACAUUUCACUCAAUUCUCGAACGAAUUAAACUAAUUCGCACGGAUUGAAAAAUUAGAAAAAUUCCCCAAAAUGACAUAUACCCCAGUACGUUGCUCUGGAAUACAUGAUUUAUGAGUGCACAAGACUCCUGGGAAAUACGUGUAUUACCUGAAAGCCUAUGCUGUAGAGUAGUCGAAAUGUAGAAUAAAGUAAGAACAGAAUAAUCACUUGUCUCCUCUAGCCAGGCUUCUUUUAAGGAAUGAAUUCAAACGUCGAUUUACUCAGAACUUUCAGUUGACUCUUAAAACUCAGCAAAAUCAUAUAACAUCUUUCCCUUUUUGAAGGGUAAAAACACAAAAAAUAGACAUGUCUUUUCAAACCGGGAAUCAAAACUACUUAUUAACGAGUAUAAACACAUUAUAAACUUGGAUAGUUUCUCCGCGGUUUGCUUUUCGCCUUUUUUUAUCCCACUGCGACCAUGAUGAAAUAAUCAUUACAGCGAAUAUAUAUCAGCAGCAUUAUAUUCAUAGUAUUCAAAUGGCAAAGAUAACAUGAAAAUGUAAUUUAUGUGCAAAGAGUGAAAGUUUGACUGGCCGAAAUUCCAAAUUUCCUAGUUUACAAUACUCUUAAGUAUUUUUAAAGUCCUGUGAUUCACAAUUAUGAUGUAUUAUGAAAAUCUGUUUUAUUUCACAUAGUACCGAUUCUACCGUUUUUUACGAUCACAGAUACAAAUUAAAUCUUCAAAACCAAUGAUCGUGUUGAACAGUGGAUAUCCUAAUGUAGGUUAUAUAUUGAACAUUAAUGUAGGUUAUAUAUUGAACAUUAAUGUAGGUUAUAUAUUAAACAUUCACGUGACAAUGCAGAUGUUCUUAUUAAUUAGCUGAACGCAUUAUACUGCGAUACAUAAAUAGUGUAUCCAUACAUCCUGUGAUAAUGUAUUGUAUGAUUAUUAUAACUUUUGUAUAUUUGAUAUAUCUGUAUUAAUGUUGAUGACGCUUGUUUAUUAAUGUAAUCUUGGGUAAAUAAACGAUUUUAUAUA